CACAUUCACCAGAGCCAAUCAGAUUGGUGCUGACGAAGGGCGUGGCCGGCGUGGGGAAAACAGUGCUGACUCAGAAGUUCAGUCUGGACUGGGCUGAAGGCCGGGCCCACCAGGACCUCCAGCUGCUGUUCCCGUUCACUUUCAGAGAGCUCAAUGUGCUCAGAGACACACAGUUCAGCCUGGUGGAGCUGCUGCACCCACUUCUUCAGUCCAUCCAAACAUCUCUGCAGCUUCCAACAGCUCCAGGUGCUCUUCAUCUUUGACGGUCUGGACGAGUGCAGACUUCCUCUGGACUUCAGCCGAACCAGAGUCCUGACCGACCCCACAGAGUCCACCUCAGUGCACGUGCUGCUGGUGAACCUCAUCAGGGGGAGCCUGCUUCCCUCCGCUCUCCUCUGGAUAACCACGCGCCCCGCCGCGGCCAAUCAGAUCCCUGCUGAGUGCGUCUCCAUGGUGACAGAGGUCAGAGGGUUCACCGACCCACAGAAGGAGCAGUACUUCAGGAAGAGGUUCAGAGACCAGGCCACAGCCGUCAUCUCCCACAUCAAGAGCAUCCGCAGCCUCCACAUCAUGAGCCACAUCCCGAUCUUCUGCUGGAUCCUCUCCACAGUUCUACAGAAACUUCUGGAACAAACAGAACCAGAGCUGCCCCGGACUCUCACACAGAUGUACGUCCACUUCCUGGUGGUGCAGGCCAAAGUCCAGAACAUCAAGUAUCACCAGGGAUCAGGGGAGGACCUUCACUGGACUCCAGAGACCAGGGAGAUGGUGAAGUCUCUGGGAAAACUGGCCUUUGAGCAGCUGCAGAAAGGAAACCUGAUCUUCUACGAGAGUGACCUGAGCGAGUGUGGGCUGGACGCUGCAGCGGCCUCAGUGUACUCCGGAGUGUUCACACAGAUCUUUAGAGAGGAGCCAGGCCUGUACCAGGACAAGGUCUACUGCUUCAUCCAUCUGAGUGUGCAGGAGUUUCUGGCUGCUCUUCACGUCCAUCAGACCUUCACCAACUCUGGAGUCAAUCUGCUGGAGGAUAAACCACGUUCUAUUUGGUCUAUCUUUAAAACUAAACCUGAACUAUUAGUUCUCCACUGCUCUGCUGUGGACCAGGCCUUACAGAGUCCAAACGGACACCUGGACCUGUUCCUGCGCUUCCUCCUGGGACUGUCUCUGCCGACCAAUCAGAGGCUGCUGCAGGGUCUGCUGACUCAGACAGGAAGUGAAGAGACCAAUCAGGAGACAGUAGAGUACAUCAAACAGAAGCUGAAUGAAAAGGGUCUGUCUGCAGAGAGAAGUCUGAACCUGCUCCACUGUCUGAACGAACUGAAUGACCAAAGUCUGGUGAAGGAGAUACAAACUUACAUGAGAAAAGGACCACUCUUCUGGUUAAGGUUUCCUGCUCAGUGGUCGGCUUUGUCCUUCCUCUUACUGUCCUCAGACUCAGACCUGGAGGAGUUUGAUCUGAGGAAAUACCAGGGCUCAGAGACAGCUCUCCUGAAUCUGCUGCCGGUGGUCAGAGCCUCCACCAAAGUCCUUCUUUGUGGCUGUGGUCUGUCUCCUCACAGCUGUGCUCCUCUGGCCUCAGUCCUCAGCUCCUCCAGUCUCACACAUCUGGAUCUCACUAACAACGACCUCCAGGACUCAGGAGUGGAGCUGCUGUGUUCUGGACUGAAGAGCGCCCCCUGCAGACUGGAGACUCUCAGGCUGUCUGGAUGUCUGGUCCCAGAGAGGGGCGGGGCUGCUCUGGCCUCAGCUCUGAGCUCCGCCUCCUCCCACCUGAGAGAGUUAGACCUCAGCUACAACCAUCCAGGACCCUCAGCAGAGCUCCUGACCGCUCUACGGGACGACCCCCACUGCCCCCUGCAGUCUCUCAGGUUGGAUCCUGCUGGAGAACAGUGGAUGGUCCCAGGUCUGAGGAAGUAUUCCUGUGAGUUUUCUCUGGAUCCAAACACAGCUCACAGAAACCUCAAACUGUCUGAGGACAAACGGACAGUGACCUUUGUGACAGAGGAGCAGCAGUAUCCAGAUCAUGAGGACAGAUUUACAGACUACUGUCAGGUCCUGAGCUCCACUGGCCUGAGGGGGCGCUGUUACUGGGAGGUGGACUGGAGUGGGAGGGACAUUGAAAUAGCAGUGAGUUACAGAGGAAACAGACAGAGAGGAGAGAGAGAGGAGUGUAGGUUUGGAGACAAUGAUCAGUCCUGGAGUGUGAGGAUCUAUAAGGAACAUCACAGGUUCCAUCACAACAAAGAAGAAACAACAGCCAUCUCCUUCUACUCCGCCUCCUCUUCCUCAGGUCGAGUGACUGUGUUCCUGGACUCUGAGACUGGAUCUCUGUCCUUCUAUAAGGUUCGUUUCACUGGAGAACUGUUCCACCUCCACACCUUCAGGUCCUCCUUCACUGAGCCUCUGUUUCCUGGGUUUGGACUGUGUGAUGAAGGUUCCUCUGUGUCUGUGGUGGAGCUGAGGGGAGCGCCCCCUGGUGGACAUCUUGUGACUUUUUUAUGAUAUAAUGAUUCUUUCCACUAAUCUGUCCUAAAUCAGUCAAAAAUGACUGAUUGACAAAAAUGAAAGUGUUUCCUCUGCACACAACUUAAAAUUUUCA